AUGUCAGACGAGAUAAUUUGGCAGGUCAUUAAUCAAGAAUUUUGCUCUUAUAAAGUCAAAACUACAACGCAAAAUCUUUGUCGUAAUGAAUUCAAUGUUACUGGGUUAUGUAAUAGACAAUCAUGUCCUUUAGCGAAUAGUCGAUAUGCGACUGUUCGUGAAAUAGAUGGUGUAUUAUAUUUAUAUACAAAGGUCAUAGAGAGAGCUCAUACACCAGCUCGUAUGUGGCAACGAACUAAAUUGUCUAAAAAUUAUGCUAAAGCAAUAGAACAAAUUGAUAAAGAAUUGAUGUAUUGGCCAAAUUUCUUGAUUCACAAAUGUAAACAACGUAUAACCAAAAUUACUCAAUAUGUAAUACGGAUGAGAAAAUUAAAAUUGAAAGAUAAUAGACCACAACUUGUUGGAGUUAAAAAGAAGAUCGAAAGACGUGAAGCUAAGCGGGAAAGGAAGGCCGAAGCAGCUGCAAGAAUAGACAAAGCAAUUGAAAAAGAAUUGAUUAAUCGAUUGAAAAGUAAAGCUUAUGGUGAUAAUCCAUUAAAUGUUAAUGAAGAAGUUUGGAAAUCUGUUUUAGAGGGUGAUCAACUUGAAGCCGAAGAUGAUAUGACUGAAGAAAGUGAUGUUGAGGAUUUAGAAGAAAAUGAAUCAAGUGAUUAUAGUGAUAUACUUGAUACCUUGGAAGAAGCUAGUGAAGAAGAUAACGAGGAAGUUGAAAAACCCGACGUCAAAGGUAAAAGAAAAAGUGCCGAAAUUAAAGAAUCACGAUCGAAAAAGAAAAAACGUGGUAGAUACGUUGAAGUUGAAUACGAGCAUGAACAAUCAUUAUCAAAAGUCUCCAAUUGGUGA